UUUUUUGGUAUUUCGGUUCAGUCAACGAAAAAUGAAAAAAAAUAUAUAUACACACACAUUACACACCGCUCAUAAAUGUAAAUACUCGCACAGGUGAACAGGUUAUCUUCGAUGGCGUCACUUCCUAGUUCCUCUCUCACUCUUACUCCUCACGAUAAGGUGAAUCGUGUUAGUGUUGGCACCAUGGCUACAAAUACACCACCAGCCAGAAAUUUCCAGCCUAUUGUGAGCAAUGGUAGAAGUCAUGGAUAUUAUUUGCUGACAAGGGCUAAGAUGUCUGUAGAAACAGACGUGCUUGUAAAAGAUUCUAUUCGUGUUGAAACUGUUGAUAAUGAUUUUGGAGUUGUUAGCGUUCACCAUGUGGGAAUACUAUGCGAAAAUCUUGAAAGAUCGCUUGAUUUUUACCAGAAUGUUCUCGGUCUCAAGAUAAAUGAAGCAAGACCAGAUGAUAAGCUCCCUUAUAGAGGUGCUUGGCUGUGGGUGGGUUCUGAGAUGAUUCAUUUGAUGGAGCUCCCAAACCCUGACCCCUUAACUGGUCGGCCUGAGCAUGGUGGCCGAGAUCGUCAUACUUGUGUUGCGAUUCGAGAUGUCUCUAAGCUGAAAGCUAGACUUGAUAAAGCUGGGAUUCCCUACACCCUUAGCCGCUCCGGGAGGCCAGCGAUCUUCACAAGAGAUCCAGACACAAAUGCACUAGAAUUUACCCAAGUGGACUGCUGAAUGGUUUGAUAUCUAGCGUACAAUUGUAAUUAAUGUAUUUAUAGUUCUGUAAUUUGUCAAGACUCCAAACAGUACAUGUGUGUUGUAUAAAAUGGUGUAUGAAAUGGAUUGUGCUUCUGUCAA